GUGACUGGCUGGCCGAGAGAGAAUCUCCAAAGUUUGACCGGCGUGUCGUUUAGUCGCGUUUCCUCCACAUUUUCACUGUUGAUCAAACAAAGUGCGCACCGAACCACGUGGACCAAGAAGUGACAGCCGGACACGCGCGAGGACACGCAGAGAGCUCCAACAGCAGAAGCCCCCAAAGAUCUGCUUUAAAGGACUCUGUGCUGGAUGAGUAACCCAGGAAACAAAAGAGUAAACUUACUACUGUAGCUCCACACUGACCCACGCUGUGAGCGUCCUCCAGCCCGCACACUUUCAGGAGAAAGAUGAUGCACUGAAGCUUUCGGAUCCGCCGCCCUUCUUCUUUCUGGGUUUUUGUUUGGAUCCCACUAACAACACAUGAGUUGGAUUGACCGGACGCGCGGGUGCCAUACAGUAAAUCCUCGGGGAUUAAAAUAAAUCGUGCAAUGGAUAAUUUCUUCACGGAGGGCGACCGGGUGUGGUUACGGGAGGAUGAGCAGUUCCUUCCCAGCACCGUGUCCUCUUGCUCCGGAGGUGUUGUUGUCUUUGCCACUGACUAUGGCCAGGUGUACACCUACAAGCAGAAUACGCUCACCAGGCAGAAAGUGCAACCCAUGCACCGUAGCAGCAUCAGAGGGGUGGAGGACAUGGCGAGCCUUGAGGACCUUCACGAGGGCGCCAUCAUGCACAACCUGUACCUGCGCUAUAAACAGAAGUACAUCUAUACGUACAUCGGUUCCAUCCUGGCAGCAGUCAACCCUUACCAGCCGCUCCCUGGCCUGUAUGACCGACCCGCUGUGGAGAUGUACAGUCAGCACCACCUCGGUGAAAUCUCCCCGCACAUCUUUGCCAUCGCCAAUGAGUGCUACCGCUCGCUGUGGAAGAGGCUGCAGAACCAGUGUGUCCUGAUCAGUGGAGAGAGCGGCGCUGGUAAAACAGAAAGCACCAAACUGAUCCUGAAGUUCCUGUCAGCAAUGAGCCAACACUCGCUGGAAGUAUCAUCCCGAGACAAGACGUCACAUGUGGAGGAGGCACUGCUGGAGAGCAGUCCCAUCAUGGAGGCCUUUGGGAACGCCAAGACUGUGUACAACAACAACUCCAGCCGAUUUGGGAAGUUCGUCCAGCUGCAUGUCAGCCAGAAAGGCAACAUCCAGGGAGGCAAAAUUGUCGACUACCUCUUAGAAAAGAACCGAGUGGUCAGGCAGAACCCAGGGGAGAGAAACUACCACAUUUUCUACGCCAUAUUAGCAGGAACCAACAACCAGCAGAGAGAGGCGUUCGGGUUGACCCAUCCUGACAGCUAUCACUACCUGAGACAGUCCAGCUGCCAGGAUGACAAAACAAUCAACGACAAGGGCACUUUUCAGGAUGUUCUGAACGCCAUGCGAACGAUGCAAUUUACAGAGGAAAACAUCAACGAGAUCCUGCGCCUCCUGGCUGGGAUCCUCCACACAGGAAACAUUGAGUUCGUGACGGCCGGAGGGGCUCAGAUUUCCUCCAAAUCAGCACUCAGCUGGACAUCUGAACUCUUGGGGCUGAACUCGGAUCAGGUUGCCGAGGUCCUGACGCACCGGUCCAUGAUCCUCAGGGGCGAGGAGAUCUCCACACCACUAACUGUGGAACAGGCCGUGGACUCUCGAGACUCCAUGGCCAUGGCACUUUAUUCUCAGUGUUUCAACUGGAUCAUUCGCAAACUCAACACCCGCAUCAAGGGCAAAGAAGACUUCAAGUCAGUCAGCAUCCUGGACAUCUUUGGAUUUGAGAACUUUGAGGUCAACCGCUUUGAGCAGUUCAACAUCAACUAUGCAAAUGAGAAGCUUCAGGAAUAUUUUAACAAGCACAUUUUCUCCCUGGAGCAACUUGAAUACAAUAAAGAAGGCCUGGUUUGGGUUGACAUCGACUGGAUGGAUAAUGGAGAAUGUUUGGAUUUGAUUGAGAAGAAACUGGGUCUUCUGGCACUGAUGAAUGAGGAGAGUCACUUCCCCAAAGCCACAGACGACACCUUGCUGGAGAAACUCCACAGCCAGCACUCAAAAAACCCUUUCUAUGUGAAGCCACGUGUUGCUGUGCACUACUUUGGAGUCAAACACUAUGCAGGAGAGGUGGUGUAUGACGUGAGGGGGAUGCUGGAGAAGAACAGAGACACCUUCAGAGACGACAUCCUGAACAUGCUGAGGGAGAGCAGGUUGGACUUUGUCUACGAUCUGUUUGAACACGUCCUGAGCCGGAACAAACAGGACACUCUGAAGAGCAGCAUCAAACACAGACGGCCCACAGUCAGCACCCAGUUUAAGGACUCUUUGCACUCCUUGAUGGCCACGCUCAGCACUUCCAACCCAUAUUUUAUCCGGUGCAUCAAACCAAAUACACACAAGAUGCCUGAUCAUUUUGACCAGACGGUGGUUCUGAACCAGCUCAGGUAUUCCGGCAUGUUGGAAACAGUCAAGAUUCGACGCACCGGCUUCCCUGUCCGGAGAACUAUUCAGGACUUCUGCUCGAGGUACAAGGUGCUGAUGCGUGGUUUGUUGAAUUCAGAAGACCCCAGAGGGUGCUGCGUCCAGCUGCUCUGCCAAUAUGACAGCAGCAGUGCAGAGUGGCAGCUGGGCAAGACCAAGGUCUUCCUUCGGGAGUCUCUGGAGCAUCGCCUGGAGAAGCAGAGGGAGGUGGAGGUGCUGAAAGCAGCCAUGAUCAUUCAGGCCUAUGUCACAGGCUACAUGGCCAGGAAGCAGUACAAGAAGCUGCUGCGGUGUAUUGUGGUCAUCCAGAAGAACUACCGGGCUUUCUACUGGAGGAGGAAGUUCUUGCUCCUCCGCUGGGCAGCGCUCACCUUCCAGAAGUGUCUGCGAGGGCAGCUGGCUCGUCAGACCUGCAGCCGGAUGCUGGAGGAGAGGAGGAAGAAGGAGGAGGAGGAGCGCCGCAGGUGGAUGGAGGAGAUGGAGAGGGAGAGACAGAGGCUGGAGGCCGAGAGACUCACCAGAGAGGCUGAGGAAGCCAGAACACUGGAGGAGCUGCGUCGUGCUGAGGAGCUGGCCUCGCUGGUUUUGACAGAGUCUCAAAAUGCAGCAGCAGCUGCAGCAUCACCAGAUGCCCUGGAGGAGCUGGAGUCAGCAGAAACCUUUGUGGAGGCAUCAGCAGAGGAAGAGGAGGCAAUACGUCCGCACGAGGCAUCACAAGUGGAGGAAAUUCUUCGACUAGAGCGGGAGAUCCAGGUGCUGCAGAGACAGAAGGAGCGCCAGGAGCUCUCUUUGACUGAAGCCUCGCUGAACCGCCUGCAGCAGCUUCGCGAUCAGGAACUCCGGCGGCUGGAGGAUGAAGCCUGUAAGGCAGCGCAGCAGUUCCUGGACUCCCUGAACUUUGAUGAGAUUGACGAGUGUGUGAGGAACAUUGAGAGCUCCUUGGGCGUGGGUGAAGAAGAUGAGAAGAAGGAGGAUGACCAGAGGAGGGGUAACGAGGAAGAAGAGGUUGAUGAAGGGUUCGGUGCUGAUGAUGAUGCCUUCAAAGACUCACCAAACCCAAGCGAGCACGGCCACUCGGACGGCCAGCGGACGAGCGGUAUCCGAACGAGCGAUGACUCGUCCGAAGAAGACCCGUACGCCAACGAUGCUGUGAUUCCGUCACUGCCACCGACCACUGUGCUUCACCACUCUUUGCCAGCGAUGCCUUCGGCCUGCCAUAGCGCAUCAUCCAGCGGGGAUUCGGCUUACUGCCACCCCCAGGCUUCAUCUGAGGCUCAAUCUGAUGAGCUGGUAGAGCUGAUACCUCCAGAUGAGGAUUCAGACUACGAUCAGGAUGACUACGAUGAAGGUGCCAUCGUGUCUAGUGGCAGCAUGGCUUUCUCCAACCCUCGCAGUGGACAGUGGUCUCCGGAUUACCGCGGAUCUGUUGGCACCUACAACAGCUCAGGGGCUUACCGCUUUAGCUCAGAGGGGGCUCAGUCCUCGUUUGAGGACAGCGAGGACGACUUUGAGAGGUUCGACACAGACGACGAGUUGUCUUAUCGCCGGGACUCUGUCUACAGCUGUGUCACGCUGCCGUACUUCCACAGCUUCCUCUACAUCAAAGGUGGUCUGAUGAACACGUGGAAGCGGCGUUGGUGUGUUCUGAAGGACGAGACUUUCCUGUGGUUCAGAACUAAGCAGGAGGCUCUGAAGCAAGGCUGGCUGCACAAGAAGGGCGGGGGCUCGUCCACGCUCUCCCGACGCAACUGGAAGCGGCGCUGGUUCGUGCUGCGUCAGAGCAAACUCAUGUACUUUGAGAACGACGGAGAGGAGAAGAUGAAGGGGGUGCUGGACAUGCACAACGCCAAAGAAAUCAUUGAUAACACCGGUAAGGAGAAUGGAAUCGACAUAGUGAUGCCAGAGAGAACUUAUCAUCUGAUUGCCGAGUCUGCUGAGGAUGCAAGUCAGUGGUUCAGCGUGCUGAGUCAGGUCCACGGCUCCACAGAGCAGGAGAUCAGAGAAAUGCACGAUGAGCAGGCCAAUCCCCAGAAUGCUGUGGGAACGCUGGAUGUGGGGAUGAUCGAUUCAGUGUGUGCUUCAGAUAAUCCAGAGAGGCCGAACUCCUUCGUCAUGAUCACUGCGAACCGAGUGCUGCACUGCAAUGCUGACACGCCUGAGGAGAUGCACCACUGGAUCACUCUGCUGCAGCGCUCCAAAGGAGACACCCGAGUCGAUGGACAGGAGUUCAUCAUCCGAGGCUGGCUGCACAAAGAGAUGAAGAACAGCACCAAAGCUUCGCUGAAGCUGAAGAAGCGCUGGUUCCUGCUUACCCACAAUUCCCUGGACUACUAUAAGAGCUCAGAGCGUAAUGCCCUCAAGCUGGGAACGCUGGUGCUGAACAGCCUCUGCUCAGUGGUUCAGCCAGAUGAGAAGGUCUUCAAAGAGACUGGAUACUGGAACGUGAUCGUGUACGGCCGUAAACACUCGUACCGUCUCUACUGCAAGCUGCUGACUGAAGCCACACGCUGGGCCAACUCCGUCCAAAAUGUCAUAGAUACCAAAGCUCCCAUCGACACACCCACCCAGCAGCUCAUCCAGGACAUCAAGGAGAACUGUCUGAACUUGGAGGUCGUUGAGCAGAUCUACAAGAGGAACCCGAUCCUUCGCUACAGUCAUCACCCUCUGCAUUCCCCGCUGCUGCCACUGCCCUACGGGGACAUUCAUCUCACCACUCCAAGAAGCAGAAGCUACACAACCCUGCAGGAUGAAGCCCUCAAGGUGUUCAGCUCGCUGCAGCAUUUGGAGGGCGUGGCUGACCCCGUGCCCAUCAUUCAGGGCAUCCUGCAGACGGGCCAGGAGCUCAAACCACUGCGAGAUGAGCUCUACUGCCAGCUCAUCAAGCAGACCACACGGCCGCCACAGCCCGGCAGCCCUGGGAACCUGUGCAACUGGAAGAUCCUCGCCUGCAUGUCCUGCACAUUUGUCCCGACAAGGAGCAUCCUUAGAUACCUCAAGUUCCACCUGAAGAGGACUCGCGAGCUGUUUCCCGGCUCUGAGAUGGAUCGUUAUGCUGCCUUCGCCGCUGACUCAUUGAGGAAGACUCGAGCCAGAGAGAACGUGCCGUCUCAGGAGGAGAUCCGCUGCAUCGUGGCCCGACAGGACAUGAGCACCACCGUUCACUGCCACGGAGGAGGGUCCUGCAAGAUAACCAUCAACUCGCACACCACCGCAGGAGAGGUGGUGGAGAAACUGAUCCGCGGUCUGGCCAUGGAGGACAGCAGGAAUAUGUUUGCCCUGUUUGAACACAACGACACCACAGAGAAAGCCAUCGAGAGCCGCACUGUGGUGGCUGACGUGCUCGCCAAGUUUGAAAAGCUUUCAGCAAGCCCAGACGAAGGCAGCACUGGAUGGAAGUUUUACUUCAAACUCUACUGCUUCUUAGACACGGACAACGUUCCCAAAGACAGCGUGGAGUUUGCUUUUAUGUUCGAGCAGGCCCAUGAAGCUGUGAUUCGUGGUCAAUACCCGGCCCCUGAGGAGACUCUUCAGUUUCUGGCUGCUCUGAGACUUCAGUACCUUCUGGGUGAUCACAACUCCCAGUCCACCAUCCCUGAAAUGUCCCAGGUGUUCCCCAUGUCUCGACUGCGGGCCCGGGUGCAGAACUCUGCCAAGACAUUCGCUCCGGGGACCGGCUCGGUGGCCGACCGCUCAGGCACGGCGGAGAGGAAACGCUCGAGUUUCCUGGAGGGGACACUGAGGCGGAGUUUCAGGAGCAGCUCGCUGAGUCGGCAGAAGCUUGAAGAAGAGAACAGCCUGGAGGCCUGGAUGAGGGAGGAGGCGGCGGCCGUGAGAACCAGCGUGAUGGACAAGUGGAAGAAGCUGCAGGGGAUGAACCAGGAACAGGCAAUGGUCAAAUACAUGGCGUUGGUGAAGGAGUGGCAGGGAUACGGAUCCACUUUGUUCAACGUCGAGUGCCGGGAUGGCAUGUUCCCCUCCGAUCUCUGGUUGGGUGUGAGCCGGGAGGCCAUAUCAGUGUACAAGCGAGGGGAGCCGUGGCCUCUGGAGGUGUUCCCGUAUGAACAGAUACUCUCUUUCGGAGCUCCGUUAUCCAACACCUACAAAAUCACUGUGGAAGGCCGAGAGCUGGUGUUUGAAACCCAAAUGGUGAUGGACAUCGCCAAGCUGAUGAAGGCCUACAUCAGCAUGAUCGUCAAGAAGCGCUACAGCAACUGUCAGUCCGUCAGCAGCCACGGCAGCCACUGUAGCACCUGGUGAACUCCGCCCUUUCACCCUCUGCCUCGCAGCCACAUGCAGGAGUGCAGCCAGGGGGCCGAGCGUGGCCGGUGCCGGCCAUGCAUGGACGCCCAUCCUCUGCACUCUGGAGAGAGCAGCUCGUACAUUUCAUGUCAGACUGACUCUGAAUGCUGGAGGAAAAAAAGUAAAAAAAAACAAUAUGCUCUUAAUGUAAACUAGCUCAACUUAUCUUGACCUGGUUUCUUUUAGAAACAGUACACAUCCACUCCUUAUUCAUCACGAUAAAAUGUAGGCACAGGGCUGUGGGUAGUUCUGUAGCAAACAUGGUGGAAAGUUAUCCAUAAAACUCAAGAAAACAGAAUGAAGUCCAAAAGUUGACUGAGAAAGCAACAUGAGAAUGCUUCUUGUUAUCUAAAUCAACAGAUAUGUGAUAACGAGCAGGGACCAAACUGCGGGCAGCUUCUAAUUGGUUUCCCUCAAAGCCUGCCAGCUGUCAGUGUUAUUUUAUUUUUUUAUUUAAGGUCCUUUAGGGCUUAAGAUCAAUUGCUCCUAUAAAUUCCACAAGUUAAUUACUAUUUUUCAUAAAGUGAUAAAAUGCUUGAAGGACUAUCAUCCUUGUCACAUUCACCUCUGUUCAGCCAACAUAAUAUGAAGUUUUUGUUUUAAAGAUGGAAGUUGUGUACAAUCUUCACUUUCUUAAAUAAGCUAACAAGUGCACAUUUUUGCCCCACAUUAAAGUAAGGCGGACUUCUAGCUAAGCUUCCUAAACUGACUAGAGAAAACAGAACAAAGGAUCAGUUUAAUCUGUUAAUCCCAAGGCGUACAAAGUGUACCAUGACAGACGUUCGCCCCCAGACUCUGAUUACAAACCACAGUCUCUUAGACCAAAGAAAACUAGGUGGUGGUUAAACACAAUCAUAUUUUUAUAUUAGUCUUCAUGAAGUCAGAUGCAGCUUCUAAAAGGUGGAUGUGUCUUGUUUUGAAAAGAAACAGAUAAUUUUCUGUCUGAUGGUAAACCUCUGAGGCCCUACAGGGACUGUUUUUGCAGAAGGGGUCGAUUUCUCACGGAGGUUGGUAAGCGUGUGUGUGUGUGUGUGUGUGUGUGUGUGUGUGCGAGGA